GUAAAUUUAGCAGCACUUAAUGCCCGUCUACUGUAUAUUCUACUGUCAUUACUGUUGUCUUCGGAAGAUCAAGAGAGUUCCUGAACCAAAAACCCAAUGCGAGCUAACAAUCAAGAUCCUAAAAGGCUCUUUAGGUUAUGGAAUGAUUGAAGUUUUGGAGAGGUCAAUAUGGAAGGUUAUAUUGCCAAGUCUCAAUUGCUGUGCUAUGUCAGAAGGAGAAGGAUGGUUUCAGUGAUGGCUUUGAUAGUUGCUGUUGUUUUAAUCCUUCAAAUCUUCACACUUCCCUCUAGAAUUGCUAUUCAACCCCAUUUUCCUUCUUCCAAAUUACCUGCAAGUGAUAUGGGAAGCUCGCAAAAUACGGAUUUUUAUUCUCAAUCCCUAAGACUUGGAACACUCCCUCUGUCAAGUGACUCACAUAACUUGAUCGAUUCCAUAAAGAUUUUCAAGGAACCAGAUCAUGGUUUUAGCAUCAAAGAAAUGAAUGAAAAGUCGGAGCAAGAUGAGGACUCUGAUGGUAUUAUUGACCUGGAUGAAGAUGAAGAAGCUGAUACGGAAUUUGCAGUCAAUCUUGAAGAUGAAAACAUGUUAAAGACCGUUAAGGAUUCAGAAGAUAAUUUUUUUUUGAUAGAAGAUGGGAUGAGCAAAGAAAAUACUCCAUUAGUGGUUGAACAAACAGGAAUUACAGGUAAUGAACGAGAGGACAUUGAAGGAACAUUGAGUGUGAAUUCAGGCAAUGAUGCUGUGUUUCCAGUACCUAUAAGUUCAUCAGGAAAAGUUUCAACUUUACAGAGUAAGAAGAAUAAACAAGAACCUGGUGAUGGAGCAUCAAUGUCAUCUGAGACUUUACCAACCAUAUUACGUGCCAAUGAAAGUGCUGGUAACACCUCAAGGAAAAAGAAGAAGCUGGAAAUGCCUCCACUAUCAGUGUCUGAAAUGGACAUGCUACUGCUUAAAAAUCGUGCUUCACGCCGUUCAAUGAGACCUAGAUGGUCAUCAGCAAUUGACAAGCAGAUUUUGGCUGCCAAGAAAGAGAUUGAAAAAGCUCCACCCCUACAAAAUGAUCAACUCUUCUUUGCUCCGUUGUUCCGAGACAUUUCAAAGUUUAGAAGGAGCUAUGAACUGAUGGAAAAGACUCUCAAAAUCUAUAUCUAUCAAGAAGGAAAAAGGCCAAUAUUCCACCAACCACUUCUUGGAAGCAUUUAUGCAUCUGAAGGAUGGUUCAUGAAGCUUAUGGAGAGCAAUAAUCACUACCUUGUUAAAGACCCCAGGCAGGCUCAUCUCUUCUACAUGCCUUUCAGUUCUCGUCUCCUACAGUUGUCCUUGUAUAUCCGCAAUUCUCACAAUCGAACUGCCUUAAGAAAACAUCUAAAAAACUAUGUAGAUAUGAUUGCAGCAAAAUAUCCUUUCUGGAAUAGAACAGGUGGGGCUGACCAUUUCCUUGCCGCUUGUCAUGACUGGUCACUGUAUGAAACAAAGAAUACCAUGGAUCACAGCAUCCGUGCACUCUGCGUCGCUGAUCUCGGCAUCGGAUUCCAGUUAGGCAAAGAUGUUUGUCUUCCUCAAACCUAUGUCCGUUCGCCGAAGAACCCUCUGAAAGACCUUGGCGGACGGCCAUGGAACCAAAGACCAAUUCUUUCCUUCUACGCCGGAAGCUUACACGGCAACCUUCGCUCCGUUCUGCUGAAGCAUUGGGAGAACAAGGACCCUGACAUGAAAAUAUUUAGCCCAUCAACAUUUCAUGCAGAGAAGAACAAGAUGAACUAUAUCCAGUACAUGAAGAACAGCAAGUACUGCAUCUGCCCAAGGGGCUAUGAGGCAAACAGCCCGAGAUUAAUGGAGUCUAUAUUCUUUGAAUGUGUUCCAGUGAUCAUAGCAGACAAUUAUGUUCCCCCUUUCUUUGAGAUACUGAACUGGGAGAAGUUCUCAGUGAUUGUUCCUGAGAAGGAUGUUCCAAGACUUAAAGAAAUACUGGUAUCGAUUCCUGAGUCAGAGUAUAGGGAGUUGCAGAGAGGGGUCAAGAAGGUUCAGCAGCACUUCCUGUGGCACCACAAACCUGUGAAAUAUGAUUUGUUUCAUAUGAUACUCCACUCAAUUUGGUUCAGUAGAGUUUAUAACAUAAAACCUAGAUGAAAAGAGUGUAAUUUGGCUUGUAGUAUGGGAAGAAGCUCCAUGGUGAGUUGAAUCUGUAAGCUCUUUGUAACAUAAGUGAUAAGUAAUGCUUCUUCUUUGGCUGUCUUCUCUUGUAAUACCAGGCAUUGCUAUGCUCAUGUAAUUAGACAUCUGUUGUAGGAUUUUGCAGAGUUCUUGAAGUAGCACCUCGUUGAUUCAGAUCAUAAAAAAAAAUUAUUGUGCGGGUA